AUGUCUUCGGCACUCAACUCUGCCUUGAAAAGGAUAUCCAUUAAACAUGUACCCAAAGCAUUAACAUUAUCGCAACAUAAAUCAAUUGCACUCCCUUAUCGGGUGAUUUCCAACUAUGGAACAACAAGAACCCCUCCCCCUUCUACGACAGACCACAUCCAAACAAAAUUGCCUCCUGCAUUCGGAACACAGAAUGCACAGCGAUUCCGCGAAUUCAAUCUUGAAGGUCGUGUCAUUGCUGUGACGGGCGGUGCGCGCGGGCUCGGAUUAUGCAUGGCUGAAGCGUUGAUGGAAGCUGGCGCAAAUGUAUGGUGUCUCGACCGUCUUGAAAAACCAGACGACGAAUUCAACGUCGCCAAAGAACGCUCCCACGCCUCGUAUGGCGGGAGCAUGAACUACGCCCGCAUCGACGUGCGCGACAGCGAACAGGUGGACAAUAUCCUGGCCGAAAUUGCAGCGGAAAACAAACGUCUAGACGGCAUUAUCUGCAACGCCGGAAUCAAUCACGUCCACACCGCGAUUGGCCACUCUCAAAAAGCGUUGGAGGAAGUUAUGGCGAUCAAUUAUAAUGGUGUCUUCAAUUCGGCGACUGCAGCAGCGAGACAGAUGUUCUAUUACAAGUGUAAUGGGUCGAUGUUGUUGGUUGCGAGUAUGAGUGGGUUGAUUGCGAAUAAGGGGAUGAAUUCGCCCGUGUAUAAUUCCUCCAAAGCGGCAGUCAUUCAACUGGGAAAAUGUCUGGCGAUGGAAUGGGGUCGUCAUGGUAUUCGGGUGAAUAGUCUCUCUCCUGGGCAUAUACUUACCGCCAUGGUUGAGAUGGUCUUUAAAGAGAACCCUUCUGCGCGCGCGACUUGGGAGGCGGAGAAUAUGCUGGGAAGACUGGCCUCGCCGGAAGAGUUCAGAGGUGCAGCAUUGUUUGCGCUUAGUGAUGCCAGUUCGUUUAUGACGGGCAGUAAUCUGGUUAUUGAUGGUGGACAUACUGCUUGGUAA